CGACAGACUGUCAAGCAGCAAUAGAGGAUCAGUCAUCACUCUCCCGCCAUAAUAACCUUCAGCUUGGAAUAUUAUCUCAUCAACGAACCAACGCCGGUCAUCACGAGUGCGCAUACGCGAAACAUCACGGAGAAGUAUAUCAACAUUCGAACAUUAUCAUUGCGCGCGGUCUCGGCCAUUGUCUGCGACGGACCCCUUUCCUUGGAAAGAACACUGGGCCUUUUCUAUCCCCACUUACUUUCCGGCCAUGAACAAAGAGGCAAUCAGGAAAAACGACGAAGUUCAGCGGCGCAGAUGGGCUCUCGGCAAAAUACAUGCGUUCAAACAAUCGCUUGGCGAAAAUGAACAUAACCCUUCGCCAGGCUACGCACUCAACAAGGAGCCUGGGUAUGCAAAGGUGGUUAAUUAUAUAAAAUUCGCGACACGUAUAUUGUCGAACUCGCCAGUCCCUGUAGAGGCUCACAUAUGGUCGAUGGCGUAUGGAUGCCUGUUUCCCGUAAACCGGUUCAAUGAUGAGCUUCUGCGGUCUGUGAGGGAGCAAUUGCCGAGUGUCUUUGAGAUGGCAUUACUUUGUUAUCUUGAAGCCUGGGAAGAGUGGGUCAAACAGAUGAUGGUUCAUUGCGCGCAAUACUUGGACUACCGGCUUGCUCGGCUGAAGCAGCACCAGGAGAUGGUGGAAGCGAUGAAGGGAGAUGACCGAGCCCCUGGCCCCUGGGCCUGAAACCGAUGGCGAAGGAGACGAGAUAGCAGAAGGAGAUAAGAAAGCACAAACAUUGGCGAACUAGAAAACAGAAGAAAUUAUGGAGAAGGGAAGUGUACCAACUGUUUAUACCGUAGCACCAGCGGUGGCUUGCUUUUGAAUACAAUAUUCCAGCGCUGAAGACCGG